AUGUCGGAAGUGAAUUCCACAGCUGCAGUUGUUUUGACAGGUCUGUUUAAAGUUACAUUUUAAGCUCUGUAUUUCUUAUAUUUUGAGUCUUUUUCUUCCAAUAUUCUACAAGUAUAGAGGAUACAUCGUCUUCCAGUCUUUGGAACAAACAAAAACGGCAAGCUCGACUCCAUACAAAGAGCUUCAAUGAGUCGCAGUAGAAAUCCACCUGCCCGUGGGCAGGGAGCAGCCCGAGCCAAACAGAUGGGGCUGUUACUUGACCUAAACCCUGAUGGAGGAAUGGAUGAUGGUGAAAAUGAUGAAGACCUGGAGGCAGAGCUGAUGAAUCUGGUUGGUUCAGGUGGUGGAGGCAGACCUCAACCAAAGAAAGGUGAUGGAAGAGCUCCUGUUGCAAUAGCUGAAAUAGAGCGAAUGGCGGCUCUUUGUAUGAAAGACAUAGAUGAUGAAGAUGUAGGAGAUGAAGAUUUGGAGGAUGAGGACCUUCUGGCAGAGUUAAAUGAGGUUUUAGAGGACAGCGAAGAGGAAACCUCGUCUCCCACACCUCCUGCCUCCACUCCAUCAGGUCCAAAAUUCACUGUCACAUCCCACUCACCAGCUUCAGCCCCCAGUGGGGGAACAGGGGUGGAGUCCAAGUUAAUGGAACGUAUUCAGAUGUACACUACAGCCAUAUCUAAUGCUAAAGCUGCUGGAGAAAGUAGCAAAGUGAGAAGAUACGAACGUGGAUUAAAGACCUUGCAGUCCAUGUUAACAUCUGUGAAGAAAGGAAAGCCAAUCAGUGAGGAAGAGAUGCCGCCUCCUGUUGCUUUGGGGGGAAAGACCAGUGUGUUACCUGAAGUUGUUCCAGCACAGGAGGUACCACAUCCUGUGGACAGAUCCCCCUCCCCAUACAAUCAAAAACCUUCCAAAGAAGCUCCACCACCUGCUUACAAUACUAAGCCACAACUCACUCCUCCUCAAAAUAGUGCUGCUGCAUCUAUCACCCCGGACACCCCUGCCAUUUCCCCACUCACUCCUAGUCGACCUGAUGCACAAGACUCAGAGCUGAAGCAGGCAGUGUUGUCCAGGCAAAGAGAAUACAAGUUGGCUGCUAUCAAUGCCAAACAAAAUGGGGACAUUAAUCUGGCCAAACAACAUUACAUGGUUGCCAAGAAAAUGGAUGCAAUGCUGGAAGCACUGGACAAACAUGAACCAUUUAAUAUGAGCGCUCUCCCCCCUCCACCCGGUGAUGCUGGUACUACAGCUGUUCCUCAGCCUUCCUCUAAACCUGCUGCUCCUGCUGCUCCUGCUGCUCCAGCUGCUCCUGCUGCUCCUGCUGCUCCAGCUGCUCCAGCUGCUCCAGCUGCUCCAGCUGCUCCAACUCAUAUAAACCCAGCAAACCUUCCUGCUCCCAAAACAGUAGCUGAAGCAUUACAGCAAAGAAUGGAAAUAUACAAGUCAGCAGCAGAGGGAGCCAAGAGCAAAGGAGAUGACCGCAAGGCACGCAUGCACCAGCGCAUUGUCAAGCAAUAUCAAGAUGCAAUCAAAGCCCAAAAAGCUGGACGACCUGUAAACUUGUCAGAUCUCCCUAUGCCACCAGGCUGUCCACCACUUCAAGGCUCAGAGAGUGGUGAGCAGAACUUCAUGGGAGUCCUGGAAACGGCAAUGAAAAUUGCAAAUCAGGAUGUCGAAGCAGAUGAUGAGGAUACACCUAAAGGGACUACUACGUCUGCAGUCCGUCCACCAGUACAGAAAGCCAAAUCCCCAGCCCCUCAAGCUGCCCCCAAACUAGCACCUAAAGUCCAACUACAAUUAGAUUUCCUGUUGCUAAGGCGACAGGCUUUUGUACGUGCAGCUCUUCGCUCAAAACAGAUGAAGGAUAUGACGGGAGCAGCACAACACCUUAAACAUGCUAAAGGAGUGGACCCUAUGAUAGAAGCUUCCAAAUCUGGACUUCCUGUUGACAUCAGAAAGGUUCCAAUGGCUCCAAUAAAUGAGGAGGAUUUCUUUCUGUCACGUUCUCGUUCUUCACCAUCAAUGUCACCGCGCUCCAGUGAACAGUACCAUGCUCUGAUGGAUCUUCUCAGAAAGCAGCAUGAUAAAUGUAUGGGCCUUUGUCAGCAGUUCACUGAGCAUGGCAACAUCGCAGAGGCCUUUAAAUUUGAGAAGCUGAUGGGGGAAUGUAUGAAGAGCAUAGAGAUACUGAAAAAUGGCUAUUCUAAAGGGCAUCCAGUUCCCAAGUGCCGUACUGAGGAGAGGACCUUCAACACUGUGAAGAUCUAUUCAAAUCUAACUCCUAAUGACAUGCUACUAUACAUCAUCAAAGGUGUCAACCUGCCAGCACCUUCAGGUGUCUCACCUAACGAUCUCGAUGCCAGUGUGAAGUUUGAGUUCCACUUUCCCAGUGCAGAAGAGGCCCAACAAGACAAGACCAACUUUGUGAAAGGCACCAACAACCCAGAGUUUAAAGAGCAGUUCAGACUCAACAUAAACCGUUCACAUCGAGCCUUCAAACGAGUUAUUCAGUCCAAAGGAAUAAAAUUUGAGAUCAUCCACAAAGGUGGUUUCUUCAAAAAUGACAGAGUUAUCGGUACAGCUCAGUUGAAGCUAGAGGCGCUGGAGAACAAUUGUGACUUCAGGGAGUUCAUAGAGGUAAUGGACGGGCGUAAAGCCACUGGAGGUAAACUGGAGGUGAGAGUGAAAAUCCGGGAGCCAGUGUCUGGGGCUCAUCUGCAGCCAGUCACAGAGAAGUGGCUGGUUUUGGAGCCAGUGUCUCCUUUGUCACCUCCUGAGAAGCAAAAGGAAAGAGCGCCUUCUCCUCGAUCCAAACACAGAAGUGAAUUCAGCAGCAGUGGCAGGAGUAGCACCCCCAGCGGCAGCAGCUCUCCACCUCAGUACAAACUCCACAGCUUCAGUCUCCUCAACUUUGACAAGGAGAGGUUUGAGAGAAAGUUAGCGGAGUACCGUAAAAAUCGCCAUGACCCUCCUCCAGACCUUGUACAGCAAUACAAAGAUGUCACAAAUAGACUUCAAUGGCAGAAAGCUUACCUUGAGCGUGCUUCACCUGCUAUGCUAAAUGAAUAUGAAAAUGUUCUGAAACGAUUUGCACAAGGACUCUCCGACUCAAUAAAGAAAUACUCCACCCAAGGAAACAGAGAUGCUGCUAAGGAUGCUUUGGGCAGACUGAAGAUGGUAGAACAUGAGCUUGAAUCACUCCAAAGGAAACGUACGGGAUAAGAGGGAAAAAGGAACACCGUGCCAGGCUGGAAUACUGUUACCGUUCCUUAUUUAGAAACACUGCAAUGGGUACUUUUAGCAUGAUUACAGUACUGAGCUCUACUUCAUACCUGCAUGGAAACUUCAGUCAGUGUAGCUUCCAUUGAUUGCUGCAGAAAUUUACAUUUACUCUACUGGAGCUGUACAUGCAGGUUAUUUUUGCACUUAAACACUACAGAGUUCCUCCUAGCCUUAUUUUUAAAUGUUUUAUUCAUUUUUGCACUUGGGUGUAAUAUUAUUUUCACUGAAGUAACUCUCCAUCCUUUUUGUUAGUGCGUGGGAAACAGUCGGCAACAAGAUUUUGUACUUAAAUCUGAAACAAGCAAAAUUAUUAUAAUAAAAAUACAAGAGAGCUUGACAAAUUUGGGGACAUAUUUACUGGAUCAGAUCAGACAGGGCAUCUCCUUUGAGUAGAGGUAUUAAUUUAUUAUUUUGUAACCAAUAUUUUAUCAUAUUGCCUGUUUGGUACAACGGGAUAAUUUUAUGUUUUGGUGGAUAAUUUUCUCAGUCUCCGUUAACAUUUGUACAAUACUUAAAAUAUGGUUUUCCAGAUAAGAAUAGUGCUAUUUUGCCCACCCUUAGUUGUGAGCUGUCCCCCGUCUGUGGUGUUCAGUAUGUGUUAGGGCUGGGCAAUAUUACCAUAAUGAAAGAAACUGUGGUCUGAUCCAGUGACGAUAAGAUUGUGUUAUGGUGAUAAAAAGCAACAUUUGAACUCACAGAAGAAGAACAUGUCUUUUGUUAUCCUGUAAUGGCAGAUAAAAGAUACUAACUAGAUUAGGAUGACCAGAUUUUCAAAAUGAAAAACUGGGCCACCCCUGGUUUGGGGUGGUGGGCAAUAAUAAAACUGUGAAAAGUGUAUAUAAUCAAAGAAACUUCACAAAUGUAAUUAAGGAAAAUUGUUAUGCACUCACUCCAUUCAUGAUUUAUUCAUGACUAAUAUCUGAGUUAGUAUAUAAGCUGAAAGACUUAAAAUCAGUCCAACUGAGAACAGUUUUGUGUUCUAGUAACUUUCAAGUCUCUUUUUCUGAAUAUUAAAGCUUCUAGAGGUGUUUGGAUGUUCUUCAAAAAUAGGAACACCUGGGGAAUUUCUUGAAACUGGGACAAAUCAGUGGAUUUGAAUAAAUCUACUGGGACAGAGGGACACAGGGCUCAAAACAGGGACUGUCCCAGGUAUGUUUGGUCACCCUAAACUAGAUGAAUCAUGAUAAAAUCAAAUUAGUGAUCUUUGCUCUUUCAUUUUGGAAUAUUGCCCUCUCCUUGAAUCAAAAAGAGAUCCCAGGUUUAUAUAGCAGCAUUAUGACAUCUUCAAAAAUAGACAAGUGGUCAAAAUUCUUCCUCUGAUUUGUAUGUAUGUUUACUCAUUAUGUGUCCAUGCCCAUAUGAAUGUGUGCCUGUAAGUACCACUGUGUAGUAUGUAUAACCAUCAAACCAAUGUGUUUUAACCCCAUAUUUUAUCUGUGAAACAAACUUAAUCUAAUCUGUCUGCUCCAGUGUUUCCAGAUUACAGUAAUCUGCCCCUUUGCAGUUCUGUGAUAUGAGAGUAUAAAAAGUGGGGCUUUCGGGCACUGCAGUCUACAUCCCAUAAUGAGGGAUUAGUGUUUGUGUCACCAAGGAGACGCAGAGAUCAAGUCACUUUUAGGGUUGGCAAAGAAGGGUGUUACGAUUUCACAGAAGUAACAACUUGCUUCUGUUAACUCGUAUUGUCAAAUUGUUCAUUUUAAAGUCCUCUGUCUAUUCACUGAUUUAAAGAUUAUUGUGUUUUGGAUGAAAUAAUAUAAAAUUUCUCUCUUUUAUUUCUGCAUUCAGAGCUGGGACCAAACUAAAAAGUCUAAUAUAGUACAUAUUAGACUUUUUAGUUUAGUCCCAGGAUCUGAAUCUUUUUUUUUUUUUUACUCUUCACUAAAAAAUUGUUGAGCAGAUUGUUGUUGUGGCUCCUAUCCAUCUUGAAACUUUUGAUCAUUACUUCAAGUGGAUGUGAGCUGGCAAGGGAGAAAAAGUCACAGUAAUUUCAAACAUUUCAAGCAAGUGAUUAUCAUGAAAAUUUGGGGCAAAACUUUUGACUAGUAAAUGUGUGCAAAUAUUUUUGACUAAUCAUUUAUAUAUAAAUGUUUUUGAUGGUUUUGGGUGGGCUACAUUUUAUUUUAUUUUUAUUUUAUUUUUUCAUUUGGCAAAGCUCAAAAUUGCGAAAGAUAUUACAUUUUUCUAAUAUGGCUCACCUGAUUUGUGAUUCUGAACUACAAACAACACUCCAUAUUAUUUUUUGAUUGUGUGACUCAUGUUUCUGUGACACUUCAAUAAUUUGUGGCCGGUGCAUGAAAUUGAAAAAUGAUGCUCUUCUCAUAACAAAUCACACAAUAAUAACUUGUUAUCCAUCAAGAAGUAUAUUUUGUUUGUACUGAAAAAAAAAAUCUAAAUGAAAUCAAUGUAAGCUAUGAUUUUCACAGUUAAUUAGCGAAGACAAAUGAUAACAUUACUUUAAAUCCUAAUUAAUUCAGGGGUAAAUUCUAAGUUAAUAAUCAUAACCACAAAGCCUUUAUUUUUAUUUAACAUUACUUAACCCUGAUGGCUUAAAGGGCCACUAUGCAACGUCUAAGGUGAAGGGCUGGCUACUUGCUUGAGAUGUAAUAUCUACAUGGAAUGUUCCACCGUAUGGCAUUAAACUUAUCUGACUUGCAUGUAUUCACGUACAGGUGUUUUAAAGCUCAAAAAUACAUGAAUUCUUGCUAUAUGCAGGCUUGCUUCUCCAUAGAUCUGAUUCGUAACUUGUAUCCACUGUGAUAUCCAAGUUUAUUUUCACACUCCUAUAAUAUUCAAGGCAAAGUAAUUAAAUCUCCAUGGAGCCAAGCCGGUGGCGAACCUUCUACCAGAAAAGUUACACACUGUACUUUAUGUUUAGCUGAUGUUUGUUUUACCCUGGAGCCGUUCUGCUCGUAAAACAAGUGCUUGCAUAAGUAGGCCUAUGUAAUGAUGCCCUGUUAACAUAUGAUAAUUAUCGACUCAGAUGCACUGAUACUAGGCGCCUUUUCUGUCUCUGUUGGUGGGUGCAUUAACCAGCUUUCAGCAGUGGGAUUUGUGCUUUUGGGAUAGGCCUGUCCCAGUGGUGAGUCACGUUCCCUCCACACAGAAGACACCCACUCUUUUACUUUUUAUCUUAUGGUUGAUUUGGUGGACCAUUGUAGCCGUAAAACGUGUUUGGACAAUAUUUCCAUCAACUAUAAUUACUGUAGAGGCCUAUGUAAUAUUUGUAUACUAUAUAAUAUAUGAUCGUUGGUUAUUUUAAAUGUCAUGUUCUGGGGAUUGUAACAGCCUUUGUCUGAGCUUAUCGCUAUAUAUGAAGUUGGUGAACGAAAAUUAAAGCCGUGUCCUCCCUCCCA